AUGAGAAAAACCCUAAACGAACUAGAAAACAGCUUGAUGGACACUUUGACUCGUGUGUACCACGUUUGGAAAACAGUGUUAGAUAUGUUAAAAGACAGAGGAUAUGUCACAAAUGAUUUGGACCAUCAGACAACGCUUGACGAAUUUAGAGAGCGUGUGGGUGUUGGAGCCGAUGGUGUGGACCGAGGAAAAUUGACUAUUAAAGCUGUUCGCGAGGGCAGUGCCGACGAUGGAAUAAUUGUACUUUUUGCAAAAGAUGACAAAAUGAAAACGGAAGUCUUCCGAAGUUACGCCGAGGAAGUGCAAGGACAGGAAUGUAAACGUGCCAUUGUUGUAUACAGAGGCCAGUUGUCGUCUGUCAUCGUUCAGUUUGUUAACAGUUCGGAACAAAAAGUCAAGUGGGAAUUAUUACUGGAGGACGAACUGAUUGUUAACGUCACAAAACACGUGUUGGUGCCCGAGCACAUCAAAUUGACUGAUGAAGAGAAACAAGCUGUGUUGAAGAAGUACCAAGUCAAGGAGUCACAACUCCCCCGUUUGCUCAAAAGCGAUCCAAUUGCAAAGUACUACGGGUUUGAGAGAGGUGAUGUUAUUAAGAUCAUCAGAAAGAGUGAGACUGCAGGAAGAUACGUGACAUACAGAGCAGUGUUUUAA